GGCCCCGAGGUUAUAAACAUUUUAAAAAUCUCAACUCAGAACUCAGCUCAAAACUCCGAGUUUGAACUCAGUUGAGAUUUGAGCUCAAAGUGAGAUUAUAAAAACUUCUGAGACCGAUCUCAGUUGAGCACGAAAAUGAGUCGAUUUCGUUAUUUACAUAAGCGGCCCGGAGUACCGGAAAAUUACACUUCGUCUGCUGUAAAUAUGGAGACAGAAGUUGAAUGUGUUCCCAAGGCGGAUAAAUCAAGGUGGACAGUGGCAGAGGAGUCCACCUUGAUAGAUCUCGUCCUUGGGAACGAGAAUUUAUUGUUUGGUGCCCUUGCGGGCCCAAACAAGGAGAGUAUCCGGAGAUCCCGGCAGAAAUGCUGGGAUGACAUUUGCCAGCAACUGAACAGUCAAUUCAUAAAUUCUAAAAAAGAUGUUGCUGGCAUCAAGAAGAAAUUUUCCAACAUAAAGCAGAGGACCAAAGAGAAAAUUGACAACGCAAAAAAAAAGUAGGAAGAAGACUGGAGGAGGGCCUGAAGCUCCACAGUGCACACCUGCAGAAGAGGCCCUCCUCCAAGUCACUGGUGACCGGCCAGGAAUGGUUGGCAUCCCAGAAGCCAUAGACACUGAUGCAUCAUGCUGUACAGCAACUAUAACUGAUGCUGGCACAUCAGAAAAGACCAGUAAUUGUAAGUUUUUAUUUUAAGUUUUCAAAUCAUUUUUUGAUAAUUUUGAAAAUUAAUUGCAUCAAUAGAAAAAUACAGGUAAAGUCAUUAAAUAAUUUUAUUGAUACAGAUGUAUUUAGAAUUAUUCUGGAUAUAAAUUAGAUACAAUAUAACAAAAAUAAUAUUCUUAGAAAAACAUGUUUUUGAAGGGUUUGGGAAGACCAUUUAAUUUUUGCCAUUUGGUAGUAGCUAAUGACUU